GAUGCCCGCCAAUCCACCUCACUGUCUGGGAGAGGAAGAAUUAAGAGAUAGAAGUUAGAUAGCUUUUCUACUUCCCACCUGUCGAUACAAACAGGACCGAGAAACAAAGCGAAAUGUCCGAUGGCGUUCGUAUUUUAAAUAAAAGAAUUUAGUACUUAAUCAGGAUAAAGUCAAAACCAAAAUAAAUACCUCAAUCUCCAUCUCCAAAGCUAUGGAUUACAACGACGAGGAAGACUUCACGCCAUCAAAGAAAAGAAAAAUGGUUGUGACCUACCAGGAGCCGACGCGGCUCGAAAGCCAGCCAUUUGAUCAUGCCGCGGAUGCAAUUGUGUCAGAUUUGAAAAAGGCAAACGACGGGGCUGGCGUGCUCGCUGCAGAGCACGAAGCAGACUCGCAACACGCGGUGGACCACGGCUGCAAUGCCGCCUCGGCCGGGGAUGCCGCAACUACAUUGAGCUUCUUCGCGUCCGCGCCCGUCGAGGUGGUGAGCUACCUUUUUGCUUUCUUGAGACCCAGCGAAGUUCUCCGGGGCCGGCUGAUCGAAAAGGAACUGCGCAACGUGUUGCUGGACGACGAUGUGUGGCGGCGGCAGUUCCUCUGUAUUUCCCGCACAUAUCCAUGCCCCGGCUCCAGAGACGAGAGACUGCUGCAAAAACUGGUACUUGCUACAUGUUUGUAUGUGCGAACGUUUUGUUCAGGUGCAACAUUGUAGAAAAUGUUUCCCGCCACUUGUUGAAAAUAGAAAGCGUCGAGUUCGAAAGACGACCACUAUAAAUCUCCAAUUAUGUACAAUUUUCAUUUUCACAAUUUCAAUUCGAGCGUUGCCAUGACCCGUUCGCCGGGAUCUUCAUCUUCCUCUGUAAAAAAUGCAUUUACCGCUUUCUAUUCCUAUUCCAUCCCCAUGAUCAUGAAAAGCAAAAAGAAAAUAUCAACGAUCCUGCAGACGCCAGAUUUGGAUGAAGCACUGCGUCGCUACGAGAACGCUAACGAUCAGAAAUCUGAUGGGAGCAGCAUAUGGAUGUGUCAGAGUUGAAAUCGACAAAGUUGAAAUAAUUUGUCAUGCAUGAUAUGGAUGCCAGUUGGAACCCAGUUUCCAAGUGGCGCAUGACAAAUCUUGGUGGCCCUUAAAUCCAGUUUGUCAUGCUGUUUAGGCAAAGAAGAGCGAUUUUAUCAUGCUACUUUAGCAGCUCGAGCUGUAACCCCAAACAGGCUUACAAUCGGCCUCACUUGCCUGCUCUGCAACACACGUACCUCGGGUCAUGCAUUUUAUGCAUUACAAAUUAUUUCAACUUUGACGAUUUCAAACCUGACGCUUCCAUACAGCAACAGCAAGACUUGUUACGCGACAUACCGGCGCUUGCGACAUUGCUUGUCCAGACACCUCUUUCUCGAGAUAUCAAAUGUAAAAAUGUCUGGGUCUGGAAACUUGUGAUGCUGGGUGGCGUAUCGUGAAGAGGCCACAAGUGCUGGCUCAGCAUGACAAGCUUUUGAGCUUCUAGGUGUUGCCUACUCUGCAUGACAAACUGCGUUUCUGCGUGACAGCAAAAUGAGGCUCUUGAUUAGCGUGCAUGACAGAUUGAAGUGUCAUGCCAGGAAAGCAUGACAAACAUGCACUCUUCCAGACCCAGACAUAUUUGCAUUUGAUACGAGAAGGCGGACUACGAUCAGCUAUUUUUUUCGUACCAACGAGAUCCAACCAGCCCCGCAGAGAGCAGGAACCGGCGGCUGCACUUGUCUUCCAUCCUAGCCGCCGCCCGUUUCAUGCGGGCCUUGCCAAGGGCACUUCGUAAGACCAUGAUGCGCAGCCAGGGUGCGCUGCACCGGAAAAAGCUCAACGAAGCGUUCCACCAGUCCCGCCUUGCCCACGCAACCGCUGUGAGAACAAAUAACUCACAAACCACCCGGUCGUCCGCAGACAGCAUCGCGACGCAGGUCUGCAAGUCCGCCGUGGUGGACUUUUUCUUCCUGCUCGGCGGGCAAAUGAGCGAACUGUACGAAGCUUGCGCCGCUGCGUACGACGAGGCGGCCACGGCGGAGGAACGGGAAGAGGACGAGCAGCUGUUGCGGAUAAAUGUAAUCGGGCCCAACGCGCACCGGUGCCGCGUCGGCGCAGACUGGUGGUACGAAAUGAAGGGCGUGUUUGGCACGGUAGUGGCGUACCACGAGAUUAUCUCCGGCGGCCACCUGAACGUGAAAAGCUUCAAUCCGGGAAACCCGAUGAACCAGAAGUCGCGGGAUUUUCAGUGCUACGCCGCGAACCGGCAGUGCACGCUGGACGACCGCAAGAACGAGAUUUUCCUGCGCGGGACCGCGCUUUCGUUGGACCCAGCCACCUCCGUGGAUUGCUUCAACAUCGGGUGUAACCCCCAAGACGUGCAGCGUGGCUUUCCGCGUUGUGUCGUGACAAAGGAACUUCCCAAGCUGGAAUUGUUCAGAAAGCGGCAAAGGGGAGAAAUCGGGGAGGACGUUGACCCAAAUAAAGUGGACGCACUCGGAAAUAACACCAAGAUGAGCAUCGAUGCGGCUAGUGCCAGCACCGCGAGCAAUGUAGACAUUGAGAGCGCCUGUGUGGCUUGUCCGUCUGGAGCGGCAUCAUCUUCAUCCGCAUCGUCUUCUGGGCUAGUUAUAUCCACCUCAGACGGUUCGAAACAACAAGGACUGGCUGAGGACGUUUCAUCUUCUGCGACCAAAAAUAAGCUGACCACCAGGCCUUUAGGAACGGAGGAAGACAGUUUUAUCGCGCUCAACGCGGACUUCCGGGUGCCCUUGCUGGAGUGGAUUCACGAGUAUGCCUAUCGCUUGGAAAACGGCAUCUACAGCUACAAGUCAGUAUGGCCGGACGUCCUGGGUCCGAAAAUCGGAUGCGGGAUUUCGCUAUUUCCCGACAGGGGACCGCUCUGCAGCUCUAGCACCACCAACUUCGUCAAGAUCGACGCCUCUGGGCUGUGGCUUGGCCGCAACGGACACGGUGGGGCCGCGCCCAGCGGAUUCGCAUACUCGGUCCGCUUCUCACUAACUGGCACGGAGGCCGAACGCGGAUUCAAAUGCUGCCAGCUCCUGCAGAGAAAGUACCUGUUACUAGUUACAUUCCAUGGCAACAUGCGACCAUAGAUUUUUGAAGGCUGCAUAUUAUGAUUAUCUAUCAGCUUGUACUUGUUGAAAGGGCUGGCCAUGAAUUGACCGCGUUGAGUGGUCUCUACUGUUCUACUACUGUUUUUAUUGUACAACACCGAGUCUCCAACUUCAAAUCGAUUUCAGGAUCGUGAUUCAGCGGUACGACGAGGAAACGGAUACGUACGUGAAUAUGCCCGGGACGCCGGUGGUGGGCGCCGCUGUGAUUGGCUUGUAUCCGCUGCUUGUGGAUGGGGGGCACCUUCUGUGCCGGAGCUCGGACCCAAACGACCAGUACCACACAGACUCCCGGCACUUGGAGGAUCGCCAUUCGAACGGAUCCGAGUUUUCGAACUUUUACGACGAGUAUGCGGACGAGGAGUGGAAGACACGGUACCCCAAAACCAGUCGCAACGACGUAGGGCGGAACCCCGUGCAAAUGGGCAUGGGGAUGGGGCAGAACGACUUCAUGGAUUUCCUCGCGUUCGCCGCCCCGUCAAAGCCGGUCUAUUUUGUUCCCGGGGAGUGCGCCUACCAGUCACGCACGGGGGACAUCCCGGGCCACAAAGGGCGAUUCAGCGGGGCCAUGCAGUUCGUGCGCGGAACGCGGCACGAGCCAGAGGGGGAGCCUUUCUGGGUCCCAAUCGCACCGUUCCCGCUCGAAAUCUACUCCGCCCCGCACGAUCCUGAGGUCGAUCCCUCUCUCGAAUACGCAUUCGCUUGAGAGGACACGACCUAGUAGACAAAUGUAGUUCACGAGUGGUUCUGCGAUAUUCGAUACCCAAUUUGUUUUGUUUUUGUUGUUUGUUAUACUCUGUGUUUGUUUUAUUUUGUACGUAUCAAUAGCUUACAUUCAAAAGAGAUUUUCAUAAAUCAUUUUCGCAAGGAGUGGUCCUCGUUAAGCCUCAAAACCAUCUUUCGUCGCCGAUUCGUGCUCUUCCGAAAGGAACCCGUUAUUCUUAUUUCCAAAAAAACGUAUAUGGAUACAUAGACCUCGAGCCCGAGCGAUCAAAACUUGCUCAUGACUGCUCUUCUAAAGCAUAGGUAGUGGUUGCAUACUCGACGUCAUCUAACAUUUUUUUUUCCCUCUGCCAUCGUUCGAGUUCGAGACGCAGACAAGUUUUGCCGCCUGAACAAAUCUAGUAGUAAAAAAAUAUCUAAUGACUGAUCUAGUAUGUGUGUUGGUUUUGUUUAUCUACCAAAGAACAGUUCUGUUCGCAGCGCGCUCCAAAAUCCGGCGGCUCUUUCGGAGGCAGUUCUAUGAAUAUUUGUUGGAAGGAUGAUAUUUUCCUCCCAAAUGAAACGCACAAGGCACAAGCUCUCCUGCUCCUUCGCAUGCGCCGUCGCCUUGCACAAACGGCACCAGAGGAUCUGCUAGUUGUCGUUGUGUUUGUGAUUCCAUGAUUACUUACAGCGUAUGCGUCUAGUUCUACCUUUUCUUCUUCGUUUUUUUUUACUUAUGGGAUCCGGAUCAGGAUCUAGUAGGGUGAGUGUCCGAUUGUUUUCUUGCAUGAUCUCUGAAAAGACGGCCUGCCCGCCUGGCCAGAAAGGAAGACCCAGAAAGUACUUAAGUGCAUUCCAUGGCGGCC